CACCUAAUUUUAUCUUCAAUCUGAUGAAUCCUAACAAAUAGCCCUUUCAUGGCCUCUGUCAUUCAGACUGCCCAUAUCUUCUUUUUCAGCUUCUGAUAUAAUGGAUGAGACUAGGGUUAAUCCCCACAACUGUUUCUCUUCACCAUUUCAUGAUCAAGAUAUGUUUGGUCUGCAUGAAGUUUCAUACAGCAAUAUGGAUUCUGGCCUUCAAGAUCUCACCUUUGAUCUGCCAUAUACAUCAGGACCAAACCCUCAAAUUUCAGGGGGACCCAUUGAAUAUAUGGGGACCCUAAAGGGAUACUUCUGCACCAAUUCAGAAGAAAAUUCAAGUUAUUUGGUUCCCAUGUAUAUUGAUCCUGCUCUUGGAUCACCUGCACUUGAUUCUAAGGUCCCUGCUCUGCUAGGUUCCUUAGAUGGGAUUGAGGACCAUGCAGCAUCUAGCUCUUUCAGUAACUAUGGUACUGAUAAGGUGGCCAGAACUAUGAACCAGAAGGAAUUAUCAUCAAGCAAAUCUAGGAGGGAGCAUAAUCUGUAUCUGCAUAGAGCUGCAUACAGAUCAGAGUCUCAGAGAUAUAACCACAUCAUGGCUGAAAGACAGAGAAGAGAAGAGAUGAAUGAGAAAUUCUCAAUUCUGAGGACCAUUCUGCCAAAUAUAACAAAGAAAGACAAGGCCUCCAUUGUUACAGACACAAUUAAUUAUGUCAGAGAGCUUGAAAAGAAGGUCAAGUAUCUUCAAGAUUUCAAAUACAAGGCCAACAAGACAAAAGGAUCCAAGCAGAACCACUCUAGUACUGAUCAUGAAAUUAAGCAGGAUGAAUUGGUGGAUGCAAAGAUGAUGAAUGAUGAAUACAAGCAGGAUCUUGGUGCCCUCCCACAUAUUGAAUUAAAAAACAUGGGCAAUCAAGCUCUAAUCAAGUUGGUAUGCUCUAGGAGCAGGGGACUGAUCUUAAGAACACACAAAGCUCUGGUGGACUGCAAAGUGGAUUUGCUGCAGUCUAAGGUGACCACCUUGGAGAACAAUGCAGUACACUGCUUUUCUGUUGAAUUGAAUCCAGGUGUGAGCGCAAGCAAUGAUGAGAUAAUUAGUGCUCUUGAAGAAGCCACACGUAACGGUCACAGAUCUUCUGCAACUGCUCUAUAUUUUUAACAAUGUUAGCGACCAGUGCAUUAUAUUCAAAUCAAUGGGUGCUCAAUGUGAAUAACUGCUAGAUUUUUCUAGUUAAAUUACUUUCCUUUAUGAGGAAUUGAUAUACCCCAGAUACUCAAUGUCACAUUUAUAUUUGAAAAAGUCUCUUUUG